AUGAAGUGUGGGAAGACUGAGGAAGCUGAAGCUCUGUUCCGAAAGAUGACAAGAAAGGAUCUUGUUUGUUGGACAACAAUGGUGACAGGGUUUGCACAAGCUGGUAAGUCGCUGAAGGCUGUUGAGUUCUACAGAGGAAUGCAAAGGGAAGGGUUUGGUAGAGAUGGGGUUGUGAUGCUUGGUCUCUUACAAGCUUCUGCUGAUCUUGGAGAUCAGAAAAUGGGCUGUUCUAUAUAG